GGACAACGUGCUAGCUGUUGCCACGAGCCUCGUGCUCCUCCUGCUCUUCCUCGGCACCAACUGGAGCACCAUCUUCCUCGGCAUCCAGGAGCGGUACCAGGGAGCAGAUCCCGCCGAUGUCCUCGGCUUCCGCAGCCUCAAUGUGAUUGUCGACUCGAUGAUCAUCCUCGUUGCAGUCGUGCUCGCCUUCUUCCUCGUCGGCGCCAUCGUCGCCGCCCGCCGCGUCGCCAAGAUCCCCACGAUCCGACUCGUCUCGACCAAGCAGCCCCCCGAGCUGAGCAUCGUGAGGGGCCUCACGUGGCACCUCUUCAACAGCCACAUCUGGUCGACCGGUCAAGACGCCGUCAAGGUCAUCAAGGGUGAGCUCGAGCAGCUGCUGCCGGACAUCAAAGUCUUUCUCGACGUAGAUGAUCUAAAAGACAUCGGGGCGCUGGAGGAGUACAUCCAGAGCUCGCAGGUCAUCCUCUUCUUCCUCUCGCAGGGCUACUUCCGCUCCAAGAACUGCCUCCGAGAGGUCCGCUCGUCGCUCGAGAAGGACAAGCCGCUCGUCCUCGUCCAAGAAGCGGACCCUGAAAAGGGCGGCGGGACGCUCCAGGCGCUGCGCGACGAGUGCCCCGAGGACCUGCAGCCGGCCAUUUUUGACAACGACUGGCCGCUCACGAUUUGGUAUCGCAUCGAUGAGUUUCAGCUCAUCUCCCUCAAGAUCAUCGCCGAGGCGGUGCUCCUCUGCUCGCCCAACUUUCUGGACAGGACCUCCCUUCCGCUCUGCGUGUCGGGUGAGCUCGAGAGCCAGUCGCUCGCCUUUUCCAAACCGUGCACGCUCUGGGCCUCGCCAGCCAACGCGGGGUCGCUGGCGCUGGCCGAUGAGAUCGCCGCCGCCUUUGCCCCAGAUCGUGAGACCGCCGGUCUCACGAUCUGCACCACCGAUGAUCGGCCGGCCAGCGCGACGCACAUGCUGCUCUACCUCAACGAGGACAGCUUCGUCAGCGACGAGCGGCUGGCCGAGCAGGUCAAGCAGGCGCGCCAGGACAGGCUGAAGAUCGUCAUGGCGCACGAGAACGACCCUGCGCUCGGCGGCUGCCAGUUCUCGAGGUUUUUCGAAGUCACGCCGCAGGAGCUCAUCGCCGGCGGACUCUACAAGGACCUGGCAAAAUCCUGCUUCCCCGGCCACCACCGCAAGGUGUCGCUCGUCCUUCUGGCAAAGAGCCUAGGCGCGACCCCCGCUCGGUCGCGGGCGGGCCUCCUCGCUUCAGGCAGCGUCGUUGAGGGCAGCACCAGUCUCGCGAAGCGCAGCCUUGGCGGACUCAGCCGGGUGUUCGCCAAGAUGAGCAGCCGCAGCUCUGCGGAGGCGCGCGACGUCUCUGGAGGCGAGGCGUCGUCGGUGCAGCAGCAGGUCUGAUCGGUUGCGCGAUGUCGUGCGCAAAACGUGCGGCAAACGCAAAACCUGCAAACACGGGACGAUUAGUAGAGCUAGCUCGCACAUGGAGCAUCCGUGGGAUGUAUGUGCGCGGCAUUCACAUUGUGCAUGUGUGCAUGUCACGUGCACGGGCAGUCCGGAUGGAGAUUAUGAUUUGCGUCGUGGGGUUCCCCUUCCAGCUCUUUCGUCCUGC